GUCCUCACACUAUAUCCCGACUGCAUGCGGAAAGAUAGAGGACAUACGCGCCGCCAUAGUUAACCGAAGAGUGCGGUUUUCAAGAUUGCUGAAGGAUGUGGUGAUAUUUAACCAGCGUGUGGACACUUUUAGGAAGGACAUAGCUGGAGAAACAGUGUGGAAAUCGAUUCAACGAGCACUGAGUCUGCAGUUCUUCAAGAAACAUGAGUUGGAGUUUUCUAACGCGACUCUUGGAUGAAAUAUCCAACCACUCCACCUUCGUGGGCAAGAUCUGGCUGACUUUAUUCAUUAUCUUCCGCAUUGUAUUGACCGUAGUGGGUGGAGAAUCGAUAUACUACGAUGAACAGAGUAAAUUCACGUGUAACACUCAGCAACCCGGUUGUGAGAAUGUGUGCUACGAUGCGUUCGCGCCCCUCUCUCAUGUCCGAUUUUGGGUGUUUCAAAUCAUCUUGAUCACAACCCCUACGAUUAUGUACUUGGGCUUCGCCAUGCACAAGAUCGCCCGCAUGAACGAUGAUGAGUACAGGAUGCAGAACAGGAAACGCAUGCCCAUGAUCAAACGCGGCGCCAACCGCGAUUACGAAGAGGCAGAGGAUGACGGUGAGGAAGACCCCAUGAUUGAAGAGGAGAUCCUGCCAGAGAAAGAUAAGAAGCCAGAGAAGGCUACCCCAAAACACGACGGGCGCCGUCGGAUAAAGCGAGAUGGGCUUAUGAAGGUAUACGUGCUGCAGCUGUUUUCACGGAUUACUUUUGAAGUGGGCUUCCUUUUUGGUCAGUACCAUCUCUACGGUUUCGAGGUCCCCCCAUCAUACGUGUGCGCGCGGAGCCCCUGCCCGCACACUGUGGACUGCUUCGUCUCGCGUCCCACUGAGAAAACCAUCUUCCUGUUGAUUAUGUAUGCUGUGAGCUGCCUCUGUUUGUUUCUUACGUUGAUGGAGAUCCUUCAUUUGGGAAUCAGCGGAAUUCGCGACGCUUUCCGGCGGCGUGCACGCCACCAUAGCAUGGCACGCCCGCACACCGGUGCUAUUUGUAGGAUACCCUCCGCCCCACCUGGGUACAGCACUGCGCUGAAAAAGGGAAUUAAGCCGGAGUAUAAUUUGGGAGACUCUGGGCGGGAGUCUUUCGGUGACGAGGCGUCAUCGCGGGACAUCGAUCGACUGCGCAGACAUCUCAAACUAGCCCAGCAGCAUUUGGAUCUGGCCUAUCAGAACGGAGAGAGCAGUCCGUCACGCAGCAGCAGUCCAGAGUCCAAUGGUACAGCUGCGGAGCAAAACAGACUCAACUUUGCUCAGGAGAAGCAAGGAAGCACCUGUGAAAAAGGAAUCCGUGCUUGAGGAAGAGACCAUCAUCUGCUUUCAUGUACAGCUAAGCACCCCAACUUUGGCUGGCAUUUCUCAACCGGGAAAGUGGACAGAGUCUUUGUGUGUUCGUGUGUUGUACGUUUGGCUGCUUCAAAAGUGCGUGAAUCAACUUAAGACUGACAUGAGAACUUGUGCGCGUCCAGGCUGGUGAAUUAGCGAGAUUGUGCCGGGCAGUAUUUUGGCAAAGUAACGGCAAGCUAUGAUCUCAAAGUAGAAUCUCACCAGCCAGUUAUACUUGACACUAGCCAGUCUGCCUAAUACUCCAAAGUGCCCAAAAGCUAGUUAGGAAGAUGUUUUUCUUGACGACGAACUCCUCGUUCACUAGGCGACUAGUGCAAUGUCUCUGUAUUUCAUCUCUUUUGGGGGUGGGGAGGGGGGAAUUUUUUGUGUGUAUUUUGUUGAGGGGAAUCAGUGGUUCUUCCAUUUGUUUGCCACACUUCUUAGGAAGCGCCAAGAGUUGCAUCUCAAAAAUGCCUUAAAACUGGAGUUUACAUGUUAUCUUCACCAUUCCAAAAUUAGAUUGAUUGAGCCAGUUUAAAACCACAUUAGAAAUUUAGUUUAGCUUGUGUGUUUAAAACCGUUCUGUGUUUGAGUAGUGGACCACAGUUAGUAUGUGUUUGUUUGUUUAUUUUGUUUGUUUGUAAGCUGGACAAGGCUGCUGUAUUUAACAUGGGUUGGUUUAUAGAAACGGAGCGUUUCACAUUUAGCCGCGUUAACUGGAAAGGUUUGAGGUACGAGCAGAAGCUGCAGCGUCACUCCGUUUUCGUGACCAAGUUUUGCGUCACAUCUUGUCCGGAUGAACAAAAAGGAAACCUGGAAAAUGCUUGAAUACUUGUGAAAUCUUAAUUAUUGUCAUACAAAGAGGCUUUUGAUAUUUUAUUUGCAUAUUGUGUUACUUAGUUGUAUAUGAGAAGUAUUUUGGUGAUUAUGCCACUGAUUUCUUGGCUUCUCUGUAGACUUAUAGUUGCAGUCUUAUGUUACAAUAUUAUAUUUCGUUUUUGAGAAUUGUUUCAAGAAUGUCUUAAGCAUUUCUUGUGCCUCACGCAGUUGGAAGCACUAGUAAAUAUGGCUUUAUUUCAGUUACAUUUCAUGUUUAUUUCAUUUUCAGUUUUUAUUAAAGGUCAUUAAUCUUUAUUUCUGUUCAUAUCAGUCAAUAUUUUGCCUCUCUAUGCAAAUACAAAUGAGUUUGACCAAAUGCAGUUUGCUUGCAGUGGCGAUAAGAUCACACAACUGAACUCCAAGCCAUAGAGUGUGAAGUUUUAUAUAUGGUAAAGUAGCAACAAAAGUUAUCAUGCAGCAGUUUUGUACGAAGACAUUUUUGUAACGGCCAGGUUUUCUACUUUUCUAUAAAUGUUUUGUCAUCUCAUUUUUUUUGUAUUUUCUGGAGUUUUUGUAAGGUUUUUUGUAAGAGAUGUAUUUUGUGAUAUGCCAAAAAUAAACCUUUGAACUAAA